CAUGGAGGAGUGUGUGCGUUGAGGAGAAGGAGGAGGAGGAGGAGGAGGAGGAGGAAGAAGAAGAGAGGUCAGACUGUAAGAAGCAUCACGACGAGGAAGGCUGACUGUGUUCCUUUCAUCCGUAUUUGCUUUGAUCAAAUCGUCCGUUUCGCGUUCAGUCGACUGGAUCGCCAGCUUUUCGUCGCGAAUGAAACGUUAGCUUUAGCCCGAGCGUAGUCGUGCCAUUUUUGUUGUUGUUUUUGUGGAGGAGAAAAGUUUUGAGAUGAGGAGUCAACAGCAGCUAAGUCGAUGGCGACCAACGAUGAAGACGCGCUGAUCACGUACGAGUCGUAGUUGAAGUUAGCUAGCUGUGUUACGACUAAAUGAUGCCCGGGUUGGUGGAAUUUAAAAGGGGGCUGUCACUCUAGCCAGCUCGCCUGUUUGUUUAACGAGAGACGCUGCCGCUUCAACAAAGCUACUUGGCGACCACAGUCUCCAUUAUUACCCCGAGCGAGGCACGGCUGUUAGUUGCGGGGCGCGCAGGUGUCUUUCGAACAAAAUGGCAGGGUACAGUAGCAUGCUACCAAAGCGACGCUUUGUAGCGGGAUAGGGCCAAGCCAUCCCCAGCCAGGCUGCACCGCAAAGGGGGUCGUUCACGCCGAGCUUAACGCGGCUUCGUGUCUACUGUUUGCUGUCGAAAGAAGCCAGAGGAGGGGGGAGACGACCCAGCAAGCCUGAUGACACUGGACAACAUGAAGCCCGAGAGAGAUGCGACAGAGGAGUUCUUCGAGUAUGACGCGGAGGAGUUCCUGGUGUUCCUGACCCUGCUCAUCACAGAGGGGCGGACGCCGGAAUAUUCGGUGAAAGGCAGGACCGAGGGGCUGCACUGUCCGCCCGCCCAGUCGGCCAUGCCGCCUCUUCUCAAGCACGAAUGCAACGAUAAACUGCCGCAGUGUCAGCAGGCGCGGCGAACCCGCUCGGAGGUGAUCCUGCUUUGGAGGAACAGUAUCCCCAUCAUGAUCGAGGUCAUGCUCCUGCCCGACUGUUGCUAUGGCGACGAGUGCCCACCGAGCGACCCCAUCAGUGACCCGGUCAUCAAACAGGAUGCACUGCUAUUGGAGAGAUGGACUUUGCAGCCAGUUCCAAGGCAAAGCGGGGACCGUUUCAUUGAGGAGAAGACUUUGCUGUUGGCCGUGCGCUCGUACGUUUUCUUCUCGCAGCUCAGCGCCUGGCUCAGUGCCUCCCAUGGAAUCGUGCCCAGAAACAUCUUGUACAGAAUCAGUGCUGCCGAUGAGGACAUGGUGUGGCAGUUCUCCCAGCCGCCAUCCGAACACAUUUUCCCCGUCCCUAACGUGUCUCAGAGUGUCGCGCUGCAAGUCCGCGUCCAGUCGCUGCCCCGCCAGCCCACCUAUCCCACCUUGGCCUGCAGCAUCCACACCGGCCUUCCCCCGCUCUACAGCAAGACCCACAGCCUCAACCCGAAUCUCAACAGCCAUGGUGGCCUGCCCACCCUCCGAAAAAGCCAGGAGCCCAGCAAAGACAACCUCCACCACAGCUCCAACAUAUACGACAAGAGCUCCAGCUCCAUGUCGGGCCUCCUUCCCAACGGAAUGCCCAUCCCCAAUCUUCCCAUUAACAAUAUUCCCAUUAACAGCCUUCCGCACACGACGACAGCACCACCUUACGUCAAAAAGAACCAGGAGCCUGGUGAAAACCACGCGUAUCAGAACGGAGAGCUUCCCCAGGUCAACGUCGCCCAAAGUCAGGACUCCCUGCUGUUCCGCCGAUCCUCGCGCUCGCCCACACCCUCGCGCUCCCAUUCUCCUUCCCCGCUCCCAGGGAAGUGGUUUUACUCAUCCCUCAACGGUUCGUCGGAGCCGUCGCCGUUGGAAGAUUACGGGUGCAGCACCAACAGCGGCGACAGGUCAAAAGCUCCUCUGCCCGAGCCGCUCCGAGCCUUGAAGAGUUUCUCUUUGGCCGAGCCCGCCCGCUGUCCCUCACCGCGGCCGGCGGCGAACGAAACCAAUCCCCUCAUUGGCUCUCUGUUACAGGAGAGACAGGAAGUUAUAGCCCGCAUCGCACAGCGGCUCAACUUCUGCGACCCCACGGCACCGCCGCUUCCCCCGGCCCUUUUUGCCACAGACAACCCCCCCAAAGCCACGUGGGGCAGUAGCCAUGACGACAUAGCCGCCAGUAAGACCAAAGAGCCAGAGGUACCACCCUACGAGUGUGUGGGACAUGCUUGGCCUUCCCCUUUCCACACACCCUCCACCAGCACAUCUUUCCAGAAGCGGGAGACGUCCUCCCCGAAACCUGCGGCCUGCAGGAAGCUGAGGCUGACCGAGACGAGAGAUGAGAGCGCUGAGAAGGAGCGAGACCGGGAGAGAGAGAAACGCGGCGAGAAAGAGCCAGAGGAGUCCUUCAUCGCUCAGGCAGUGCACGACAUUACUCGACUCAUCCAGGAAAGACUGUCCGUCCCCUCGCUGUCGCCUACCCACAGCAGGUGUGGCAGCCCUCUGCGCCAUACGCACACAACAACGGUCACGCACACCAUCCGCACUUACACGCAGCCCGCACACGUCCCAGACACCUCGCCUGAUUGCUACACCAAUGGCCACAACCACGAACCUUGCAGGGGCCAACACGCUGCCGCCCCACACGCGCCUCUUUGCACAAGCAAACCCCGGCUCGACCCGGGGACCGAUUGCCAUUCUCCUCGGGCCCGAAAUGGCGCCCGUUUUACACUUGAAGAACCUUCACUCAGAGGCCAGCUGUACGCUGGUCCGCGUUUACAAACUCCCACCCAGGAAAAGCUCACUGUCCACACAGCCAGCAGUCACGUUUUCCCUCCCUCGCUCGAGAACGGGCUUAGAAGUGCCCCGCCCCCCAGUCAGACCUGCAAAGGAACCACCUUCAGCUGUAACGCAAUCAAAAACAACAGCAAGCCUCAGUCGCCCACACGGGCGAACGCGUCGGCCCAGGAUGAGAACCAAACUCCUAGACAGUCUCCAGACCUGACUCCCCCUCCUACUGUCCUGCGAACUCACGGACCUUCUCCCCUGGGGCCCUGCAACGGCUGGAGGAAGCAGAAUCGCCACUCGUUGGAUACCACGGCGACCAAAGCCUUCCACCCAUGCACGGGCCUACCCUUGCUCUCCAGCCCUGUUCCUCAGAGGAGAAACCAAUCUGGCUACUUUGACGUGGACACCUCUCUGGUUGGCUGUAAGGGUUUACCCUGGGCCGCUGGGAAAAGGGUGUGCCCUAAGAGAGACGAGGACGCAGAUGACGCUCAGCAGCUGUUCAGUGCAAGUGCUCCACCUGCCAGUCUCAGUCUACUCGGAAACUUUGAGGAGUGUGUGUUAAACUACCGCCUGGAGCCUUUAGGGACUGUGGAAGGUUUCACGGCCGAAGUAGGUGCCAGCGGGUCUUUCUGCCCCAGUCACCUGACCUUACCCGUGGACGUGUCAUUCUACAGCGUCUCCGAUGACAACGCCCCCUCACCUUAUAUGGGUGUGAUCAACCUGGAGUCGCUGGGGAAAAGGGGCUACCGAGUACCUCCAUCAGGAACCAUUCAAGUGACCUUAUUCAACCCGAACAAGACGGUGGUGAAGAUGUUUGUGGUGAUGUACGACCUACGAGCCAUGCCAGCGGGACACCAGACCUUUCUACGCCAGAGGACGUUCUCCGUCCCCGUCAGGCGGGACUCCAACCAUCAGAUCAACAGGAAGCCUCUCAGUUUGGGCCAGGCACGCACUCUGCGCUACCUCGUUCAUCUGAGGUUCCAGAGCUCCAAGUCUGGGAAGAUCUACCUCCACAGGGACAUCCGUCUGCUGUUUUCCAGGAAGUCCAUGGAGGUGGACAGCGGUGCUGCCUACGAGCUGCAGUCGUUCACCGAAUCCCCCAUCGACCCGCCGUUCUCGCCCCGCUGCUGACGCUCCACUAACUCCCCAAUCCCAUCGCCGCCCUCCCUUCUCCACCUGGCAGGCCAUAGCCGCACCUCCAUGCCAGCCAUGAGUCAUUCAUUGUGUCACCCCGUGACUUGUAAUGGAAGAGAGAUUGAAGGACAGCAGAUGAUGGAGUGCAGCCCCUUGUGGGACACUUGCCAGAAUGGAAUUCUUUGUCGACUUGCAUGAACUCUGGAGUGUGCAAGGUUUUGAGAUCCUGCUAAAAAAUGCCUUAUAAUAUUUAAAAGGAAUUCUCGAUGUUUGUGUAUCCCCUCCAACCUCCUGCGUCUGGCGGGAGAGUCGAGACCAAUGAUUGUCCCCAGGACCAGUUGGACUCGAAAAUUCAGCACAAUUUGUGCACCAGUUCCUAAACAGGAUCGUUGAUUUGGACCUCAUUGUGACAUGGCAAAUACAUGUUGAACCUCAGUUACUUGACAAAUGCAAUACAUGGCCUUUUGAAAGAGGAAAAAAACGUUGCUAGUUUUCACGCAGCUUUUUGAAAGGUAAAGUAAGCCUAAUUUGGACUCAUUAGCCUCUUUCACACGGCUUGGUUAUAAAGGCAAAGUUAUGUUAUGACGAUUUUGCAGCGUCUGUGUAAAAGAGGCUAAUGAUUCCCGAGCUUGGAGAAGCAGCAGCUGUGUCGGCUAGUGAGAAGAAGUGGGCAGUGGCAAACCGCUUUCCCAUUAUCCACCCCCCAUCCCACCCCCACCAAAAACAACCCCCACAAAAGGACCACCAUUGACCAUGCAAUCGCACUGAAUUAAAGUGAACUGAUCAUUACAGAAAUCAUCAAAAAAUGCACUGUGGAUUUGUUUUUUUCCCAUGUCCAAACUGGAAAAGAAAGUGAAAAAUAAUCGUCAUAUUUCUUUUUGUACUGUUACGAAAACCACUUUGUUGGAAGUGUUGCAAUAGAGAAAGAGUAAAAUUAGUUUUUAAGUGUUUACUUUCAGUUUACCUAACCAUCCUGUUUAUUUAAUAUUUAAAUUAAUAUUUCAGUUUCUAUUUGUGAUGUCUGUCAUGCCAAGAUGAUUUAGUGUAAACUGUAUAUCAUAGUAUUUUUGACAUUAAUAUUCAAAUCUAAAAAAUAUAUCUAUCUUCUAAAGCAAUCUUUA